CCGAAAACGACGCGGAUCGAUUACUGAGAGAGGGUCGACACGGCCAAAAGCUACUGUAGCCUGGUCAUAUCUAGAAGGCGCAAGACCAGGUACACGGCUACGUGAGCCCCUCGCUGCGUGCCAUGUGCAAGCUACCCCAUUCCGUGCGCGGGCAGACGCAGGAACAUGGGGGAGACAAGCCUCCAGCCUUUUCGAAGGUCGUCAGCCUCGAUGUCGUUCAUGCACCGUUGCGCCAAACUACCCUUGGCCCACCCUCGUAACACGAACCCUGCGCGCAUUCCCGCCAACAUUCUCGAUGACAUCGUAGCCGUUUGGAAAAGCAAAUGAUAGCCGACGCGACCAUGGCUGGGCGAGGCUGCCAGUGGCUUGGUGAUUGUUCGGAUCGAUCUCGGCAAAGCUCUUGUUAUGCAUGGUUCACUGACGAAUCCCGGUCGACCUUUCGACUUUCACGAUGCGCCCAUAGGUCCCAAUCAUCCUUUUCCCCAUUCUCCUACCCACAAUGGCUUCAUAUCGAGUACCUACGAUACGGCAUCUCCUCCGUCAACCGCUCACAAACCCUCGCACCUGCCAACGCCGCUGGGCCCGCGUCCAAGAUGUCCGCUUCCUCGCAACGCAUGGAACGCAAGAGCGCAUAAUAGCAAAGUAUAGGGAGAAGCUAGAAUCAAAAGCGAAAGAACAAGGAAUGAAGGACAUAUUAGAGUUGAAAGAAGCAUACAAGGAGAAGAUAGACAAGCUGAGGAAGGAAGCAGCAGUUCCAGGCGCAACAGCACCACUGACGCCUUCUCCCACACCUUCGCCCUCGCCCUCUACGUCCUCGGACGCAUCGGCAUCCCCCUCAACUGCGAAAUCGCCAUGGCCGGCACCUCCACCUCCACCUGCACCACAGCCCAAUAGUACCGCAUCGAAACCCCCUCCCGGCGUCAAGAUUCUAAACUCCUUCCUCGACCUCACCAAGAUCUCCACCCUCCCCGAGAAAGAAAUACAAACCCUCUGGCGGCUGCGACACGCGUCGAACCCUCAAUCGCUCCACUUUGCCCUCCCCGCCACCACCUUCGGGUCCCUCCUCCAGACCGCAAAAAGGCAUCCGUCCUUCGUUCUACCCCUCCCGCGGGAAGUUCCCUCAGAACAAGGAGCAGCUGCAGAAAUAGGGCAGACACAGCAAGCUGCCGAGUUACAUUACUUGCAGUUUGCACACCCGCAUCCAAAUACCACGACGCUUCUGUUCACAACACUGGCGGAGUUCAAGCUGCGAGGCGAAUUCGCAAGUCCACAUACGACGAUAACAUUCCACUCCGAGCUUGCGGAUUCACACAAUCUGGUGCUGGGGCAAGGGACUGUAGUCGAGAACAGAGGUGUGAGCGUGGACGAAGCGCGGUGGCUGGUGAUGUGCAUGCAGAAGUUCUACGUUGUGGGUGAGGAAGGCAAGGGAAGAGGCGAGCUGCUUGAGAUGUUCACAAAGGGAGAUGGUGGGUUCAGGGUGGAGCGACUCUUAGAAGAGGCGGAGAAGAUUGUAUAGACGUCGACAUCAGCAUUGGGGGCGAGGAUUGUACAAUAUGGAUGGGCAUAGGUGUUGGGAACCCUACUCUGGUUUGUCUGAACAGGUUUGUAAACAUUUAGACGCAUCAUGAGGCGCACAAAGACAAUCACAGUCGACGAUUUCUGUAUAGAAUCCACUGCCGAUUAACAAGUGCUGAAGGUUUGUAUGUUUUGCG